AUGGCAUCAAAUGGUCGACAAGCGGCUUUAGAGUCUGAAUUCAACAAGCUCUUGAAACUGAACUCUACCACUGCGGCGUCGGAAGCACAGGAACAAGUCGAACAGAAUCAUAAAUACAUCAGCAAUGUCCAAUUGAAGGCUUUGGUCGAAUUACAUGAUAAUAAGUUUCGAGAGAGUUAUACACCACUAAAGAAGCUUUACGAAAAAUACAGCGACGAUUUUUUGCGGGACGGAGACUUGCAAAACUGGGCUGAACUCAUCGAUAGAGACAUACGGGUAUUGGAGACGACAAUGCGGCUUGCCAAGGACAAUCAAGCAAACCAAUGA